AUGGACGUGUAUGUCCAGGUCACGGGCUUAGAUUUGGGGAAAACAUGCAGGGUCAAGGCUCUGCUUGAUAGUGGUUGUAGCACCUGUUGUAUUGAUACCAACUACGCACAAGCGGAGAGAUUGGACAUCCAAGAGCUUCCACAACCCAUUGUAGCUUGUAACGCCAACAACACCAAGAAGAUCAGCAGUCAGAUCACUCAUUACAUUGACCUGAGGAUGAGAAUUGAUCCUCAUGUGAAGACAUGCACAUUCCUCCUGACAUGUCUAGGAAAAGCUCAGAUCUUCACUGGUCUUGAUUGGUUGACAGAACACAAUCCCAAGGUGGAUUGGCAGGAACAAACCAUGCAAUUCAGCUGA